GAGGGGAGGGAGGGUGGAGUGGAGGGAGGAGGAAAGAAGAGGGGAGGGAGAUGCUUCUCGUCAAGGCUGACCUAUCAUCACUUUUGGAGCCCUCUAGGUAAUUUGCAUGCCAAGGGGAGAUGAGACUGUUUGGAAUCCAUUCAAGUCAUCUGUGCAGCACGGUGGGUCUAAUUGCCUGUCUGAUGAACUAGUCUACCUGUGAUGGUGCAAAUUGCAGUGCAGAGAUUCGCUGUUGUGCCGUGAACUCCUGCUGCCAUCGCGCCUGCUUUCCUGAGCCGUCAUUCACCAUGCGAGACAUCUGCGAGGCACGAUGACAGCUGACAAGGAGAAGAGAAGAGCGAUCAGCCGUGAGGCUGCUCGAAGGAGACGGCGAGUGGAGUCUGACGUGUUUGGGGAUUUGUCUCGCCUCCUGCCGCUGCAGCCCUCCAUCAGAGCUCACCUGGACAAGCCCUCCGUCAUUCGCCUGACCCUCAGCUACAUACGCAUGCACACUCUGCUCAAAGAAAAUGAUGGGAUAAAUGCCGGGAGUAGGCACAUGAUAACAUAUCAGCAAGCGGUGGAAGGUGGAGAUGAACAGAGCGGCUGUGACGGAGCACAGGACGAAGAGGAGAAAGACACAGAGGAAUUCGAAGCCUCGCAGGAGACAAACAUGUACCUGGGGAUCUUGGAGGGAUUUGUCAUGGUCUUGUCCACUGAGGGAGACAUGAUCUUUCUGUCUGACAAUGUCAGCAAGUACAUGGGCCUGACUCAGACUGAGUUGAUGGGACACAACAUUUUUGAAUAUACUCAUCCCUGUGACCAUGAAGAAAUCAGAAGUAAUCUGCGUCUAACAGCAGAGGAAGUUUGGUACGGUGAGAAGAGGGACUUUGUCAUGAGGAUAAAAAGUGCUCUGACUCACAGAGGAAGAACCGCCAACCUCAAGUCGGCUACUUGGAAGGUUCUGCACUGUCAGGGCCGAGCAAAGGUGUGCGUGGACCCAUCUGCAGUUUCCUGUCUGCUCCUGACCUGUCGGCCUCUGCCUCUCUCACACACCCUGCUCAGCAGAUACACCUUCACCAGCCAGCACAGCAUGGACAUGAGGUUUACCUAUUGUGACCAGAGAGUGACUUCUCUUUUGGGCUACAGACCUGAGGAGCUGCUGGGCCGCUCCAUCUAUGAUCUCUGUCACGCACUGGACACAAGCUGUUUGAACAAAAAUCAUCUAAACUUGUGUCUGAAGAACCAGUCAGUCAGCGGUCAGUACAGGAUGCUGGUGAAAGGUGGAGGUUACGUUUGGGUGGAGAGUCACAGUGCUGUCAUCCCCAGCGUCCGACCCUCCAGGUCCAGACCUGGCAUCCCCCAGCCGCUCUGCAUCCUCAGCGUUACCUACGUCCUCAGUGGUGUGGAGCAGCCAUCUCUGCAGCUCUCCCUGGACCAGACUAUCCACAGAUAUUUGAAUUGAAAUCGAGAUCUGAAGUGAUGUCUGCGAAACCUUCCGUCCUUCUGGGAGCCCUCAUCGAUUAUUUCUAUUAAUCAGAUUUCAUUAAAUUUUUGACUUUUAAAAUCAGAGUGGCUGUCUCUGUGUCUUGAUGCAGAUUAUUGUAUGCAUUAUUUGAUGAAGAGUGUUUGGAUUUAGACUGUUGUCUGUUAAUUACAUCCACAAACUUGUAAAAGGAUGUUUUGUUAGUUCAGGUAGAUAUGUUGUUGUAUUUGGAGUUUUUCCCUUCACAGUUUCUGUCUUACACUUUUGCAGAAUUACUGCAGUAUGACAGCUUCUCAUUCUCUAAAACAAAAAACUGAAAGCCUAGGUGUAGACUGUGGUUGAUAGUCAGUUGACGGGGUGUUCUGAGAGUUCAAAUAUGUUGAUGAAAGCAGGCAGUUUGACUUUUUCUUGACCUCCCUGGGCCUGACCUUACUUCCUUUGGGGUUUCCUUCUGAGCCACCUGACACGUGGGGUGACAUCUGACUGCCAGCCAUAAUGCAGCGCGCACACAGACAUGCACAUACACACACAUACAGGCUAUAUAGAGAGAGAUACGCAUUGUGCUGAUGUGGAGAUGUGAGUAGACGCAAGUCAAAGCCACAGCUUCCUGAAUAGAAACACACGAUAGGAAAGUUCUCAUGGGAACUCUGUCAACUUUUAACCUCUUGGCCUCUAAAUGCACGCAACACACACACACACACACCUACACACACACACACACACACACACACCAGGCUGUUUCGAGUUUCAGUUCAGUUAGUUUUACUACUAUUGAAUCAAAGUGAAUCAAAACAUUCACUGUAAAUGAAAACAGUCCGAAAAAUUACAAAGAACACAUGAUGAAUAUAGUUUUGUUAAUAAGAAAAUUAUGAAAACCCCAAAUUAUUUCUCUGUGUCCGCUGUUCACAAACAUAUGUUGUUAUACCAACAUAGCACCUGCUGAAUGAGCAUGCUCUUCAGCUCCUCCUUUGCAUCUCUGCUGUAACUGUGAUCCAGGAAGCACUGAUGUGGUUAUUCACGGUGUCUAGACUUCUCUGGUAAAACAUAACUGUGCUGAAAGUUGUUUUAGCCACCAUAGUUAUAUAUAAAACUAGUGUUUCACUGACUUUAUUUCAGCAUAUGUUGAACCCUUUGAAGUUAUAAUGCUUUGUUACGCAUCAAACCAUUGUUUCUCAACAUUUUUUAGCGAUGUACCCUGAGCUUAAAAUACUUUUUCCACCAAGUGCAACCUCAAGCCAAAAACAGAAAAGAAAAAAAUGUGAGAGAUGAAAAAGAACCCCCAUAACUGCGUAUUACAUUAGAUUAACAAGAAGAUGAUAUCAUAGGUGUACAAUCGGAGUCUCUCUGCUAAGUUGUGCUUAAAUUGAAUGACAAACAUGGGCUGUUUUUUCACCGAGGAUCUUAGUCAUCUGUAAACAAAUGUCAGUUGCUUUCACCUUUUGUGAGGCUUAACGGCCGUUGACUUUGUCAUAACAUUGGAAACAGAACUUUCCAGACUUAUUUUUCAUUAAACUUACAAUUUAUUUCAUAACUUGGGGGAACUUGAAAGCAAAAAUUGACAUAAUCGAGACUAUCUCAAAAAUGAUGCUCUUAUUUGGGGAAAACUCAGCAAAGGACAUUGGCUGUCUCAGUGUUGGAAGAAGAUGCAGUCUCCCAGCAUAUUCAUCUAUGAUGCUAAAAGAAUCAAGUGCCUCCAGUGCUGAUAGCCUAAAGGGAAAAAGGUGGCACAUACACGAAAAUGGUUCUGAUUAAGCACGUUUGUUGACAUGACCAGAAUAAAUUUAGAUUUUACAACUUUUUCCUGUAGUUUUGUUCAAAUUCUGCCCAUUUAGCUUUGGGUAAUUAGCACUGGAAAAUACUGGCUCCAACUGAUAACUCUGGUCAUUAGAUUUUUUUUUUAAUGGAAGGUUUCUUUGCAAAGGUAGUUCUUCUUAAAUCUGGGAAAGUAAAAACAAGGAAAUGUAAAAGUCAAACGCUGUCUGCGAGUUGGAAUUUGCUAAUUCAUUCAGUAUGUGGAGUAAAAGCUCUUGUUACAAAACAAACAAACAAAAUAACAGCUUGUCAUUUUUUAGAGCUUUGUCACUAAGUGGUAUGACAGAAUAACAGAAACAGAAUAAACAGAAACACAAUAUCACAGCAGAUGUGAAGGUAAAAUUAUUAAUCAAGCAAAUAUUUAAUGUUUUAACUAAUCUUAUCUCAUUGUCCCACUAUCCAAACAUAUGAAACCAAACUUAUGUUUUAAUGUUAUUUGUACAUUUUCUUUCACAUUUUCUUGGCUCAGGAAGCUCAUUGCAGUUUCAAAGAAGAAGGCCUGCAAUGAUUUGCAUUCUCAUCCUCACACUGAUGCAGUGACACCAGAAUGUGGGAACAAUGUUUGCACCAUCUAGUGUUGAAUGCUAGUCACUGAAGCAAACCCAGUCGCAGUGUUAGUUCAAACCUCCAUCAGUCUUUUUAGU